AUGGAGGCCAUGGCUCGUCCUCCACCCAAGAUCGAGCGCCGACUCGCGGCUACCCAGCUCGUCCACCCGGCCUCUGGGCAGGUCCUCGACUCGGGCAUGGCCGUCUUCCUCACCUCGCCACGGACGGCGACCGGCGAAGACAUGGCCGAGCUCCACGUCCAUGGCGCGCCGGCUGUGGUCGCUGCCGUCCUCGACGGCCUGCAAGCCCUCGCCAGUCACACGCCCAUGCGCAUGGCCUUGCCCGGCGAGUUCACCCGCCGUGCCCUCGCUGCCGGCAAGAUGGACCUCGUCCAGGUCGAGGGUCUCGCCGACUUGCUCGCGGCCUCGUCCGAGGCCCAGCGGGCGACGGCACUUGCCGCUGCGCUCGGCAACCAUUCGGCGACGUACACGGCGUGGACAGAGGCCGCUGCCCAUGCUCUGGCCAUGGCCGAGGCCAUGGUCGACUUUGGCGAGGAUGAAGGGCUCGACGCCGCUGCCCUCGAUGCCGCUCUCGACGCUCUGCGCCCGACCGCGGCAGACAUGGCGUCUGCGCUCGCCGGCGCACGCGCCUCGAUGGCCAUCCGUGACGGCGCUCGCGUCGCCUUGGGCGGCCUGCCAAAUGCAGGCAAGUCGUCGAUGCUCAAUGUGCUUGCCGGCCGUGACGCUGCCAUCGUCGACGCCACUCCGGGCACCACCCGCGACGCCCUUGAAGUCCCACUGGACCUGGGCGGUUUCCCCGUCGUCGUUGCCGACACUGCCGGCGUCCGCGCCUCGCCCGAGUCAUCCAUCGAGGCCGAAGGCAUCCGCCGCGCUCAGGCUGCCUGGCGCGACGCUGCCAUCCGGGUCCUCGUCGUCGACGAUGGCGGCCAAGCUGUCGACGACGCCCUCUCUGCCCUCGCGCCGCCGUUGCCGCAGCUUGUUGUCCUCAACAAGGCCGACACGCGGGCUGCCGACGCCAGCGCCGCCGCCGCCGCCCGCAUUGCGAGCCGCCUCCCCGGCGUCGGCCUCGUCGAGAUCUCCUGUGCGGAUCAGGUCGGCAUCGACGCGCUCGAGGCCGAGCUCACAGCCGCGGUCAGCGCGUACUUUGACGACGGCGACCGUGGCACAGGGAGCAGCACCAGUGAGGGUGUGGUAGUCACCCGCGCCCGCGUCCGCGAUCACCUCCGCACUGCGCAUGACAGCCUUGUGCGUGCCUUUGACGCUCGCGCAGAGCCGGAUCUCGUCGGCGAGGCGCUCCGCGACGCAGUCGCCGCCCUUGGCAGCAUCACCGGUGUGGUUGACGCCGAGGCCGUCCUCGACAUUGUCUUUGCCGAGUUCUGCAUCGGCAAGUAG